AUGGUUCAUCUUGUUUGAAAAAUAUGGGUAAGCCACUCAGCAGGCCAGACUGUUUAAGGCAGAACCCCAUCUGCCUUGGGAAAGGAGAGGAAGAGGAUGGCUAUAUAGAGGAUUGCUAUGUUCCGCAGCGAUCUAUAUAUGAUACAAUGAGGAUAAAUGAACAAAUUGACCAGGGGUCAAAGCUUAAUCAGACUUCAAAAAGCACCAUGGAAAAGAUAGAAGGAAGUAGUAUAUCCAGCAAUGGUACAUUAGGAGCAGCAGCUAAUGUUUUUGAAUCCAGAGCACCAGAAGGCAAAAAGUUGGAUGAGAGAAUAAUAUUUGAUGCACUAAAGCUAAGCAGUGAUGUGCAGAAGUCAGCACCUGUGCCACCCAGAAGGCGGCCAAAUGCAGAACGCAAAGACAAUGUUAACAGGAGAUCAUGGAAGUCCUUCAUGCCACCGAAUUUCCCAGAAUUUGCAGAAAGGAUGGAAGCUUCUCUCAGUGAGGUGUCCGAAGCUGGUGCUUCAAAUCCUUGCUUGCAAGAGAAGAAGGAAUCCAGUUCUGCAUUAACAGAAAGUUCUGGUCAUUUGGACCACAGGGAACCUCAGUCAGAGUCUGUAACUCUGGAACAUGUGUCCAAAUCCAUAGGUAUUCCAGAAGGGCAGGAUGUGAAAAACUUAGAUGGAGAUUGCCAGGACUUCAGAUUUCAGCAGCACAGUGAGAUCUCUCCACGUGAAUUCCAGCCUCUAGAGUCAGAAGCUGCAGCAGCAAGUGGUAACACAGAUGUAACGCAGGAACACAUAUUCUCAAGUGCAACCUGGCCCAGAGCCAUGAAAAGUUUGGCUAAGGGAGGCUUUGGCGAGAAGCAGCACCCCCUUCAGGACACAGGUUGCACUGUAGAAAUGCCACCUCUCUCCCCUUGCCUGAGUGAAGAGCUGUUGGAUUCAGAGUUGCAUAUUCUCAUAACCCCCAGCCUGAGAGAGAAAACAGAGUCUGAGCUAAAGUUUGAGGAGGAUGAGCGAUGGAUCAUGAUGGAGGCUGAGGAGGAGUGGGAGGAAGAGAAACUGUCAGAGAGAGGAAAGACUUUUCUAAUGGCAGAUGAGGAAAAGAACAGCCUGGCAGAUGUUUUCAAAGAAAGAGAGCAAGCAAACACUGUAGCAGUGGUGGAGGAAGGAGCCGACUGCUCAGCUGCUGUCUUGGGGACUUUUGACCCCCUAGCUCUUGGUCAGAUCUGUUGCUCUGAUGACCCACAGCCAGCUAAGAACCUUUUGGCGUCUGUUCUCAAGGAUGCAUCUCUUGAUUACAGUUGUGUUCUAACAGGUGAGAGUGCUGUAGGAGAACUGAGAAACAGAACUGCUCAGGGGCUAGAGGGUCUUGUUUCAGAUUUAGAAUGCACUGUUGGUCCUGCCAGUUCAGAGCAGCUCUCUGACACAGAUUCAGUGCAGAUGUUUCUUGAACUUGAAAAGGAGUGUUUAUGUGAAGAAGGAGUAACUCCUUUAGUUGAGCUGGAGACUCAAGCCUCUUCUGAAGGGCUGGCCCCAUCCCAGGAUGCAGAAAGUUCACUUGUAAUUAGUCAUUUUCCAGGGGCUGCCUUAGAAAAGGAGCAUGUAGGCCUUUUAAAUGUAAGAGCAAAGGACUGUGAUCCUGGGUUGGAUUGUGACUAUUUUAAUGCCCUGGAUCCUUCUCAGGUGCCUAAUACUUUGCAACUUACUGCCUACUCUGAUACCGUGAGGGACGCUUCCACUGUUAGUGAGGAGGAGGGUGAAAAAGUGCCUUUUAGCCCCGAGACUGCAGGGGAAUUUAACUUUAGACACCUGGCUGAUCUGGAGUCACCAGGAAAGCCAGACCCAGGAGGAUUGUCCAACUCUGAUCACAGGGCUUCUCAUGAAGAAAAUGUAUCAAGCUUUGAAGCCAAGCUGGCCAAAGAAAAUGGCAGUUUGUCCCAGCUGGACUGUAGUGAAGUUGAGGGGGAUGCCGAGGAGUGUGUGGAGAGAGUCCCUCUCAGUUCUGCUGUUAGCUGUGAACUAAUAGAUGUUACCUCAGGAUCUGAAGUAGAGGCGUUACCAUAUGAUUCACAUUUACUAACAGAUGAGAUUCAUUGGGAAGGUGAGAAAGGAGCUAUUAAUCAAGGAAAUAACAGUCUGACUUCCUUGGGAGAUGUGGACCUUUGUGAAUUGUUGUCCGUGGAAGGAGCUUGUGAUGAGGAUGGUGAAGCACAGGCACUGGGUUAUGAUGCCAGGCUGGAGGACCGAGCCCCAGCACAUCUUCCUAGAGACCUCCCAGAGUGGGUCUCCCAGGAUCUCCAGAGGAAGUCCCCAGAGUCGGAGAUCCUGAGUCUGCACCUGCAGGUUGGAGGACUGGGACAUAGCAGAGAUGGAGUGGAAGCUGUGAAUGACAUAAAGCCCAAGCUGAAUGUGGCCUCAUUGGAGGGAGGGGAAACAGAAAUGAGAGAUUCAGAUGCAUUGCUAAAUAUCCUUCUGGAGGAACAAGUUACCAAGGCUAGUAAUACGGAACCAAUUUUGGAGGAAUGGAUACCCAUCCCACAAAAGCCUGACCCAACUGCUGCAGUGCCCACUGUAGAAGAAGAUGCCCUAGAUGCUGCAGUGCCUGCCCCAGAGGGAACUGCUGUAGCAGCUCUUACAGUGCCCUUCCCAGAGGAGGAUGUACCUGUUUUUCCAGUGGCCACCAUGGAGGCACAUGUCCCAGCUGCUGCAGUGUCAGCCACAGAGAGGGCUGCUGCCCCAGCUGCUGCAGUGCCUCCUCCUGAGGGGACUGCUCCACCUGCUCCAGUGGCCAUCACAGAGGAGGAUGUACUAGCUGUUGCAGAAUCCUCCCUGGAGGGGACUGCCCCAGCUGCUGCAGUGUCCACCCGAGAGGAGGCUGUAGCCCCCACUACUGCAGUGCCCACCCCAGAGGAGCCUGUAGCCCCCACUACUGCAGUGCCCACCCCAGAGGAGCCUGCCGCACCUGCUGCUGCAGUGCCCACCCCAGAGGAGCCUGCUGCCCCAGCUACUGCAGUGCCCACCACAGGGGAACUUGCAGCUCCCACUACUGUGGUGCCCACCCCAGAGGAGCCUGCCGCCCCAGCUGCUGCAGUGCCCACUCGAGAGGAGCCUGCAUCUCCCACUACUGUGGUGCCCACUCCAGAGGAGCCUGCAGCCCCAGCUGCUGCAGUGCCCACCCCAGGGGAGCCUGCAGCCCCAGCUGCUGCAGUGCCCACCCCACGGGAGCCUGCCGCCGCAGCUGCUGCAGUGCCCACCCCAGGGGAGCCUGCCGCCGCAGCUGCUGCAGUGCCCACCCCAGGGGAGCCUGCCGCCGCAGCUGCUGCAGUGCCCACCCCAGGGGAGCCUGCAGCCCCAGCUGCUGCAGUGCCCACCGCAGAGGAGCCUGCAGCCCCAGCUGCUGCAGUGCCCACCCCAGGGGAGCCUGCAGCCCCAGCUGCUGCAGUGCCUACCCGAGGGGAGCCUGCAGCCCCAGCUGCUGCAGUGCCCACCCCAGGGGAGUUUGCAGCCAUAGCUGCUGCAGUGGCCACCCCAGAGGAGCCUGCCGCCCCAGCUGCUGCAGUGCCCACCCCAGGGGAGUUUGCAGCCCCAGCUGCUGCAGUGCCCACCCCAGGGGAGUUUGCAGCCCUAGCUGCUGCAGUGGCCACCCCAGAGGAGCUUGCCGCCCCAGCUGCUGCAGUGCCCACCCCAGAGGAGCCUGCCAUCCCAGCUGCUGCAGUGCCCACCCCAGGGGAGUUUGCAGCCCCAGCUGCUGCAGUGUCCACCCCAGAGGAGCCUGCCACCCCAGCUGCUGCAGUGCCCACCCCAGGGGAGCCUGCAGCCCCAGCUGCUGCAGUGCCCACCCCAGGGGAGCCUGCAGCCCCAGCUGCUGCAGUGCCCACCCCAGGGGAGCCUGCAGCCCCAGCUGCUGCAGUGCCCACCCCAGGGGAGCCUGCAGCCCCAGCUGCUGCAGUGCCCACCCCAGGGGAGCCUGCAGCCGCAGCUGCUGCAGUGCCCACCCCAGGGGAGCCUGCAGCCCCAGCUGCUGCAGUGCCCACCCCACGGGAGCCUGCCGCCCCAGCUGCUGCAGUGCCCACCCCAGGGGAGGCUGUCGCCCCAGCUGCUGCAGUGCCCACCCCAGGGGAGUUUGCAGCCGCAGCUGCUGCAGUGCCCACCCCAGGGGAGCCUGCAGCCCCAGCUGCUGCAGUGCCCACCCCAGGGGAGCCUGCAGCCCCAGCUCCUGCAGUGCCCACCCCAGGGGAGCCUGCUGCCGCAGCUGCUGCAGUGCCCACCCCAGGGGAGCCUGCAGCCCCAGCUGCUGCAGUGCCCACCCCACGGGAGCCUGCCACCCCAGCUGCUGCAGUGCCCACCCCAGGGGAGGCUGACGCCCCAGCUGCUGCAGUGCCCACCCCAGGGGAGUUUGCAGCCCCAGCUGCUGCAGUGCCCACCCCAGGGGAGCCUGCCGCCCCAGCUGCUGCAGUGCCCACCCCAGGGGAGCCUGCAGCCCCAGCUGCUGCAGUGCCCACCCCAGGGGAGCCUGUCGCCCCAGCUGCUGCAGUGCCCACCCCAGGGGAGCCUGUCGCCCCAGCUGCUGCAGUGCCCACCCCAGGGGAGCCUGUCGCCCCAGCUGCUGCAGUGCCCACCCCAGGGGAGCCUGCCGCCCCAGCUGCUGCAGUGCCCACCCCAGGGGAGUUUGCAGCCCUAGCUGCUGCAGUGUCCACCCCAGAGGAGCCUGCCGCCCCAGCUGCUGCAGUGCCCACCCCAGGGGAGCCUGCUGCCCCCACUGCUGCAGUGCCCACCCCAGGGGAGCCUGCCGCCCCGGCUGCUGCAGUGCCUGCUGUGGAGGAAGUGUUCCCUGCUGGCGUACCCUUCCAGGGAGAUACUGCCCAUACUGACUCAGUGCCUGUCUUAGAAGAAGGAAGUCCUGUUCUAGAGGAGGCUUCCCCUGCUGGAAUGUGGAUCAAGGAGGACCUUGAUUCCCCAGCAUUUGGAAUGAAAGAGGUGACUGGCACAGUGCUGCAUGGGAAAGUGCCUCUGGCUGCAGUUGAUGGAUUAAAUUCAAAUGAGGUAAUUGUUGCUCAUAUUGUUGGGGAAGGAUCUGGAGAGUAA